AUUAAAUUGAGGGUCGGGCAUGCGCAGUAGCUCCUCAGUGGUUCGACCUCUGCUGGCGGUAAGCGAAGGAGAUCUAAACGAGACAUAAGCGGGUUUAUUCCUCACCACAGUCAGCGAACUCAAUUAAACAUGUACGCCUGUGCGAAGUUCGUAUCCACACCUGCACUGGUCCGCUCUGGCUCAAGGGUGCUGUACAGACCACUUUCUUCUGUGCUAUCCAGGCCAGAUGUCAACUCUGUAGAGGCCAGCCCAGUCUACCUGCCACAGACCGCCGUGUCCCAGCUUGCAGUGCGGGGAUUUCAGACAAGCGCAGUAAGCCGUGACAUCGACACAGCCGCAAAGUUCAUCGGUGCUGGUGCUGCCACCGUCGGGGUGGCGGGUUCAGGAGCUGGAAUCGGAACAGUGUUCGGCAGCCUCAUCAUUGGAUAUGCCAGGAACCCAUCUCUGAAGCAGCAGUUGUUCUCAUAUGCUAUCUUGGGAUUUGCCCUGUCUGAGGCUAUGGGUCUCUUCUGUUUGAUGGUGGCUUUCCUCAUUCUGUUUGCCAUGUGAAAACUGCUCUGUCCACCUCUUUCCACAGCUGCGACGACACAUGUUUUACACUGGCUACCAAAAGAGUUCUUUGUUGGUGUCAUUAAAAUUGUACAUUUUCCAAGUUUUUCCAAGGCUGAUAAGAUAAAAACCAUGUAUUGUAAAAAUGUAUCUAAUUACAGAAUAAAUACAUGUAUUUCACUAAUUAAAA